CGGGAGGGCGCCGUGCGCAUGCGCGCGCCUGUCCUGCUGCCGCCUUCGGUCGUGGAGGGGCGACCCCGGCCCCGGGGCAAUCCCGACGGAGAAAGGGUUGAUGAAUCCGGCUGCGGCAAUGUGAAGUCAUGGAGAGAAAAAAUCCAUCCAGAGAGAGUCCCAGGAGACUACUGGCUAAGCUGGGAAAAGUGAUGGAAAUGAAACAACUGGCUCGCCAUUUCAGCCUGGCCACGGCUGAAUCGGACAAGGAUUCCGGAUUCUCAGACGGGAGCUCAGAAUGCCUGAGCUCUGCCGAGCAGAUGGACACGGAAGACAUGCUGAACCCAUUGGGCUGGACUGGAGAUGAUGGGUCUCGGCAGAAACCCGACGUCGGAAGCAGUUCCUUCCCAGCCCUGUCCCCCAUGGUUGUCAUGAAAAAUGUCUUGGUCAAGCAGGGAAGCAGCUCGUCUGAGCUCCAGUCAUGGACGGUUCAGCCCUCCUUUGAAGUGAUUUCUGCUCAGCCACAGCUUGUGUUCCUUCACCCAUCUGUUCCUCCUCCCGUGAGUCCCUUCCACGCUAGUGAGAAGAAAAGUGAUUCCAGGAACUACCUACCUAUUUUAAACUCUUACACCAAAAUAGCCCCACAUCCAGUCAAGAGGAGUCUUUCCCUCACCCUAGAGGAAAGAGGGGAAGCUAGCGAUCGAAAACGGACCUGUACAGACAGACACAGGACAAGCUUGUCUUCCCUCGGGCCGACCAAGACUGACGUCUCACCUUCCAGUCCCUCAGCCGUGCCACCAGACCUGAGACUCGCUCAGGACUCUGCUCGGCAGAGUUCGUCGUCCUCGCUGGCAGGUGGGGCCCUGCGAACCGUUCACAGCAUUCAACUGGGGCCCAGCGGCCGUUUGGUUAAAGGUCCCCGUUUGACCCCAGAGGUUCCACCCAGUCCCCCCUUCACCGUGGACGGCUCCGGACGAGGAGCCGAGAACACCGUGUCGCCGUCGACCCCGGCGGCUCCCAGCAGCCCCCCCGCCACCAUGGGGCAACUCCGCCGCACCCUAGAAGCCUUCCCGGAGCCACGACAGAGCAAGCACAGGCGGUUUCAGAACACUCUGGUAGUUCUGCAUCGGUCUGGUUUGCUGGAGAUCACCCUGAAGACCAAGGAGCUGAUUCGUCAGAACCAGGCCACCCAAGUCGAACUGGACCGCCUCAAGGAGCAAACGCAGUUGCUGGUGGAAGCUGCACAAAGUAAUGCUCCGCAGGCUUGGGCCAAGCUGCAGGCCUCGCUCUCCGUGUCCAACCAAGCUCGAAGUGGCCUAAAGCCAUCGCCCGCUCAACCAGGCAUUUAGCACAGUUGCCCUUGCUGCCCUGCAAAUGGCUCCCAGGCCAAUAUUUACUCUAGUUCCCCCCAGCGUUUUUGAGAGCUUCUCUUAGGGUUAUGCGACUGCUCAAAGAGUCAUUCCCCCUGCCCCCACAGCCAUUAUCUGGUGGUCAUUGAUAAGCUGAGCCUCGUGCCGGGGCGGGUCACCCUCUGAUGGGAAUCUUAGAUUUGAAGCCUCUCUGAAAUCCCUCUUCUUAGGCUGCUGACUGGCUCGAUUCAGUCAGUUGACUAGCUUUGGAACGGUGGUGCUCUCAGUGGGAGAGAGGGAAACAUCUCCGUAAAGCCCUCCUAGAGAGGCCAACCUCUUGUCUUCCUGUUACCCACAUGCGUUCCCGGUCUCAUAGCAGCAGAGGUGGUUAGUCUUGGAAGGAUAUUCCAGGUGGGUUCUUGGGCAUCUGGAGACUGGUCAACUCAGAGAUCCCCUGUUGAUUUUUGCGUGGGUGUUUUGAAUCCACCUGAAAUCCAGUAGAAGUGUAUUUGUUAGAACUGCAUACCACAGCCGCUAUGCCACUUGGCCUGAACCUAAGAUGUCUUAGAAACAGGUUUGGCGUAGUCUGCGGAACCACCUAAUUGCUUAAGAGUUGUUUUUCUGUAACUUGAAAAUUGAGGUGUCGGUGUAACAGCAUCAGAUAAAGUAGCACACAGCUGAUUUGGGAGCAUUGACUGUAACCCCCAAGUAGAGCAUCUUUGAAUUUCUGAGGUCCACCCUGAUGGGUUAAAAUCGCAGCUAGAGGAGUUCAUUCGUAAGAACCAGAAAUUGUUAUUAUGGUUGUCUGGCACUCUCUGUUCUGUGUCUAGUUCAGCCGGAUGAGCUUGUCUCCCUCCCCAACUGAAGUCGCCAAACCCCAAGAGCAGCAAAAGUGACUCGAGAGAGAGUAGCGUGCCCUGGUUUCCCCUCUGAGCAAAGGGGACAGGAACAGAAGAUAGUUCUGCAUCCCAGAUGAGCUGAAACAUUUGGAAAACAUUCUAUAGUUUACCCUUUAUUCUUCCUUUACUGGGUGGAGUUAUGCUGAACCCAACAUCCAAGAGAGAUGUAAUGCUUGUACAAUGAAGUUUCUCCCAGACUCUUACAAGUACUCAUCUUCUUUGGCCUGGUUCAGCAUAGGUCAUGUAGAAAUGAAGAAUUAAUGGGAUUUUUCCAUACUUGGCGCUCCAGGUGCCAUCCCUUCAAAUUGAAAUUUGUUUACAACCUAACAAUCUUAUGUACCUAGGGCUUUUUAGGUACUUAAUUCUAUUUUUUACUAAUUUGAGUAUUUCCUCUUCGGAACCACUGGGCAAAAAGGUGGUCUUUAGCUAUGAAGAGAGAGAGGAGAGAGAGAAUGCUCAUUUGUAAGAAUUUAUAAAGGCUGAAGUUCCCAUUUUCCUGCAAGGAAGGAGAUCCAGAUGUCUUAGGCCUGGGGGUAAAUCAUUUUCCUUACCAUUGACUUAUGGUAUUUAUUAAGCCCUUCUAGGUGCUAAGAGAUGGGGGUAGAUACAAAAUAAUUAGAUUGGACACAGUCCAUUUGGAAAUGUUUUUAACAAUGGAAAACUACAAGUGGAGGGGGAAGGCUUCAGAGAGCUGCUUGGAUUCUGUGCAGAAAGGCUGAUUUAGAGAUACUUGCCUUGGAGUCAGUUGUACAAUAUAGUCAAGUAGAGGGUCUGUUGAAGUCCACUAAGCUAUCCUUUGGUCAGGUUAGAAUUGUGUCCUGCUAUCUCUCUUUCUGAAAAGAACUCUAAAAAUGGGAGCAGGUAGGGGCAUUGAACAAAUUCUCUUCUUCUUUAAAGAUCUUAGGUUAGCACAAUCUCUCUGCCCCACCAAAUCUAUUUUCGGGGCAUUAGAGCAGCUGCAUAUUGAGCACCAUGCUAAGAAAUUUCCGUUUGGCAAAGAAUAUUUGGCUUUGGAGGUAGAGAGCCAGGUGCAUUCAGGAACAGCCUGGGCACUAGUAAUGAUUCUCAGUGAGUGGCCAAAAAAAAAAAAAAACCCACAUAUUGGGACCCAAAUGUAUUUCAUCAGAAAAAUCCUCCACAGAGCUUUUAAGUCUCUUGGACUCCUCUUCUCCAUUGAGGGUUUACAGAGCUGCAAAACUUAGCGUCGCCAUAAAGGAUGGUAAAAUCUGCCAUUGGCCCGUACUUUCAUUACCAAAUGACAUCGAGAGGCAGAAUACUGGUGCGACUCAGGAUAAUCUCUCUCUUCCAGAUGGCUUAGAGCUUGACGUCUGAGCUGUUGUACAGCAGCAAUUUCCUUCCCUUAAUGAAACUGUAAGUAAAUAGAGCUGAAUAGAGGAACCUAGGGCUAGGGAGGGUGGGAUGUAAUGUGCUGUGACCUGCAAAUUUGGGCUAGAACUGAAGCCAGAAGCCACCAGGAAGGGGACAACCUCUUGGGUUGAUCAGGGACAUUUGGUCCGUUGGUUGGAGAAGAUUGUAAUAUCGGUCCGAAUCAGGGCUAACAUGCAAUGUUUUUGCACAACUAGUGAUGUUGGUACAUAUUAGCAUGGAUUCUUCCCUGAGGGUGUUCUUGGGGAGUCUCAAAUCCCUUAGAACUUUGGGCGAUUGCUUUGGGCAGUGUUGAAAGACAUCAAAGAAAGUAGACGGGAAUGGACUUAGUGAACUGCCGCUUUGAUGUAAAGUUUGUAACUUAGAAUAUCUGGUUGCCUUUUAUGAAUUAUUCUGUUGAGAUGUGACUUUUCCCCUCAUUUUCUGAUGCCGCCGGCUGAAAUGUAACGAUUGCUCAUACAUUCAAGUGCAUCUCCAGCUAUGACUACUGUAAGGUAAAGGUUCAUUUUCGGAAGGUGAACUCAUUUGGUCAGGGUUGAAGUUUUGCAGAAAUUGACUGUGACACAUGAAAGAGAAAUAAAAGUCACUUACUUGAA